CUUAUCUUUCUUUUUGUGAGCUUGUAGAUUAUUACAAACGCAGACCGGCACUGUUUACCCGAAAAAUUUUGUUUUCCCUCUGUGUUAGCAAUGGCCCUUCACGAGAGAGUACUUGUCGAGAAGUUAUUAGAGCAUUAUCAAACGGGGCUACGGCCAGUGGUCGAAAAUAGCUCCCAACCGACGCCUGUCAACAUAAGUUUGAGACUGGUGCAGAUUUUCGAGAUGGAUGUCAAGAAACAAGUUAUUAUCACAAGUGUGUGGCUUAAACAGGCUUGGUUUGAUCCCGAGUUAAGAUGGAACAAAUCUGGUUACGGUUGGAUAGACGAGAUCAGUUUGUCUCCUGAUGAUGUAUGGGUACCGGAUACCGUCCUGUUAAACACUGCUGAUACCUACAAAAUGGGCAAACCAGUAGGUAUGCACAACCCAUUGUUAGUAACCUUCCAAGGUAGAGUCCGCUGGCUUGCGCCGGUCAUCCUCAAGAGCUCUUGCAGGUUAAGUGUCAGGUACUUCCCAUUUGACGAGCAGUUCUGCAAGCUCAAGUUUGUAUCCUGGACGUAUAGUAGAAGCGCACUGGUUCUGGAACCUGAGGACACAGUGAUAUUGCAAAACUAUACAGAAAGUGGAGAAUGGUACCUAGAGCGAGUGUACGCCCUGAGAUCGUCAAGCAAGCCUACCCAUACUAACCCAGAAAACAAAUCGGCAGUGACGUAUGUUAUACACAUCAGGCGCAAAGUCUUCUACUACUUUGUGUACCUCAUUGCGCCCUGCAUGGUGACGUCAUUCAUGACGUUGAUCUUAUUCACCCUUCCCCCUGAGAGUGGCGAAAGAAUGGUAGUGGGCGUGACCAUCCUGCUGUCACUCACUGUGUUUUAUUUGUUGGCUUCCACGCAUAUCCCUGAGACAUCUGAGGUGGUACCACUGAUUUUAAGAUACUACGUGUUGACUAUCAUUGAGAUCUCAAGCGCGUUGGGUUUAACCUGCUGGGUUUUAAGGUUCCAUCAUUACAACACAUCUAUUGGAAGGAUCCCGAAUUGGGUUAGGGUAUACAUCCUCGGUUACGUUGCUAAAGCAGUGCUAUAUAAAGUUCCAGAAGGAAUCUCCAUGGCAACUGAAUCGGUGGAAGGACAAGAGAACAGAGAUCCCAAUGACAGAGAAAUCAAUGGUAGCUCCUUGGCUCGUCGACGCCUUCCCAGGGAACCUAGUGGCAUUACAAUGAUGGCCGAGCGGGAGCUGAAGAAACAAGAAGAAGGGAACAAACAGGAAGAAUGGCAGCUGGCUGCGCGCGUCAUAAAUCGGCUUUUCCUUGUUGGCUAUUUGAUUGCCGUUAUCUUAUCUAUAUUUGGUAUUUUCCUUCAGGUUCCGGGAGUUUUCGUCUCCAGGCCCUCACCGCCCACUUCUGACGAAGAAUAACUGUAAUUUAACUUCUUUGUAAUCGUCAAUCUGUAAACUAAAAGAACAUUCAGUCAGUAGAUCAAAUGGCCGUUCUGUAUUUUAGCCAUGCAGUCAAUCCGCUGAUCGUUAAAAUCUACUUUCGGUAAGUCAGUUUCAAAGUCAAAAGUUCGUCAGUCAGACAAUAUUUCACGCAGCUAGCCGUCUAUUGGUCUUUCAUAGAUCAGUAAAUCAGACAAUCAGUCAUUAAGUCUCCAAGUCAGUACGUUAUUCCGAAAGAUAGUUCUUAAUAAUUCAAUCAGGCAGUGAUCCUAUCAAAUCUUCGAGUAAAUUACUUAAACACGAGUAGAAAAUGCCGUAGGAGAUAAGGAUCUUAUCGUAAAGUAGAACUCGUCGAUCAGGAGACAAAUAUUAAUUCGAUUUGUUGCUUAGACAUAUAAUUGAAAUAAAAAGAUCGGAUAGCCAAGAAGAGCUAAUUUGUUAUCUUGUGAAAAAUAUGUAGGGAGAAUAACUCAACAAAUCCUUUGUAUUUGUGGUGGGACAUCUGGUCUCGAAAUCUGAUGGUCUGAGGUUUGACUUCUCGUGGAAAACAUACAUUUAUUUGGGCCGCCUCGCUUGCAAUAAAACUAGCAGCAAUAUACUUUCUAAUCAUAUCAUAAUUAUGUAUUUUAUAUGACUCGAGUUAUGAGCUUGCAGCUCAAGGAAAACUGUGAAGCUCAGGUCCCAUUGGUGCAUAAGCAAACGAAAAACGGCUCUUUAUUAUGAUUCUCGCGAUAUAAUCAUUUGUAGAUUGAUCUAGUCAAACUCUUAAGUGAAGACCUCGACGCAUCGAUUGUUAUACUUAGCGGCUAGUCUUUGUCAGAAAACUGAGGAAACUUGUAUACUUUAGCAAUCGAAACGUUGGAAUCCUCAACUGAUGGUUUGACUCGAUCUAAAAUUAAAUGUGACUCUAAAUCAAGACACAAAUGAUAAUAAUAAUAAUUUAUUAGUGUAUUAGAUAAUUAAAUUUAUUAAUUUAACAUAUAAUGAUCAAAAGCGCAUUACACUUGUCAAAAACCAAGGAAUUAAAACGUACAUUGUAUAUACAUAUAUAUGUAUAUAUAUAUGU